AUGAUUGGAUCUAUCAAGCGGAAAGUGACAGAAAUAGUAUACCGAGGAGGAAUCGGUGAAAGGAUGGAACGAUAUCAUGUGUUGUUCGAUACUGGUAUCUGGCGUAUCCCGCACAACUCCAACUGGCCCGAAAGUGGUGUAGGACUAGCGUCUGAGUUCGGAGUAGGGGAUGACGGAGAUUUUUGCAACUAUCGGUGCGGAUGGUCGGGCGAAGAGGGCGUAACGAAUGGAGUGCUGGGCUACCGCGAAGCAAAAUUAGGAGAGUCGUUUCUCAAAAUAGGGGUUGGAGAGCUCAUAAAGGGGAGCUGUCCAACUUGCGAUAGUACUGAGGAUUACAAGUUCAAUAGUCCGUACCAGUUCGCGAAGCUACCGAUCUGGCAUAUGGCGCAAAACGGGCCAAAUGCAAUCACAUUGACACAUGAGGCUACUUUGAACAAUCACGGCUAUCGGUUGCAAAAAGAAAUUGAACUGGAUGGUAAAAUCUUGACCGCAACUUCUACAUUGACAAAUCUCGGAUCCGAUUCGUUCUCGACAGCGUGGUACGCACACAACCUUUUCACCUGUGACAAUGUGGCCGUGGGACCUGGAUACUCCCUAGACCUUGACAUUUCCGGAAACCAAGACGGUCUCUACGACGAGCCAGGUACAUGGUCGUGGUCCACACCUUUGGAGAAAUUUGCAACAGUUCAACCAAACCCUGAAUCGAUCCAUAUUGAAAUGAGAAAAGCACUGCCGCCCGGUGUCCGAAUCAAGACAGAAUUCUUCAACGAUGGAGAGACCCAAGGCUCAUUCAACUUGUUUGCUUGUAAAACCUCCCUUUCAUCGAAACUCUCCCAAGUUGGACAAAGCAGUUUAUCGAUUUGGGGCGCUGAUAUUCCUAGUCUUUCGACGUGCUAG